UCCUACCGGUCAAUCUGCGUGUUUUUACCUUUCUUACUUUGCCAAAUCAAGCAAACUAUUCUAGACCCGGUCUAGUAUAGUUUGACAGGUCAAGUAAUUUACACCAUCAUUUUUGGCGCCACCCGUGGGACCGUUAAAGUUUCUUCUCUUCUAGACACAAACCUACCCACAAGAACACCACUCGAAAUGUCUUCCAGCCAACAGAUCAACGCUACUUCCGCUCAGGUGCAAGCCACCAAUGAGGGUGCCGGCAUCCCUGUGGCUGCUACCAUACCGGUCAUUUCAGCCCCGGUGUUGCCUCUGCGUCUGAGCUCUGUCUCGACGGCCAGCGUGAUCAGGCUUCGGUCAGGUCAUGGCCAUGUGCCAACAGAGCGGGGGGAUGCCUUUUCUCCCUGGUAUGUUCCCGUUUGCUCUUCCAAGCGCGGGAACCAUGCCCCUACAAGCUCCGAUGGCGGUGACGUCGUUCCGGACGCCGAUGCCGCAACCAUCACCUUUCCAGCCCCAGCUGUCAACUUGACUGGCGCACUUAACGCCGCAGGGCCGUCGCGUCCCCCGCAAGGUACGAAUCCGCAAAUCACCCCCGAUGGUCAUUGCGUCUCAAUUGAGAGCGAUGACAGCGAGUGGGACAUCCCGAGGGCCCACAAGAAGAAGAAAGGAAAAAACAUCCGGCCAGCGACCUCCCGAAACUCCGCCUUCGAAAGGCUGGGGGAUAGGGAGGAAGGCCAGAGGAAGUCAGCCAAGCAAAGGCUGGGGCAGAGCAUUGCCCAUGUCAGCGCGUUCGCCCGGCUAGGCGAGGUGUGGGAGGCCGAGCCUGCCCGCACCCGGCGCUCCCGGUCUAACCGGCAGGAGCCAGCGAGGACGAGGGCCUCUCGUCAGGAAGAGGAAGCAGAGAGCCAGCCCAGGUUACCGGUGGCGAACCGGUUGACUGUCCCAAAUGACCGCGUCCAGCAGAUGAAGGCAAAACUGGAGAGGCUGGAAAAGAAGGUCAAGAUCGACGCCCCUAGAUUCACCGGGAAGGAAGAUCCGGAAAUCCAUCUGGAUUCCUUCAACCAGAGUGCGACCAUGAACGGUUGCAUCGAUGAAGAAAAGUGCCUUCUUUUCUUCCAGACCUUGCGGAACCGAGCCACUGAAUGGUUCAAUAAGCUUCGCCCGGGAAGCAUUGAUUCAUUCAGUGAUUUGGCCUCAAAAUUCAAGGCCAAGUUCCAGGAGAAUUGUACUAAGAGGAAGAAAUUCACCUAUCUCAGUACAGCCGGGCAAAGGGAGUCUGAGAACCUUACUCAGUUCCUUACCCGGUGGAAGGAAGAGGUAGACAAGGUGGAAGAGAUGGAUGACAAAACCGUCUUAUCCCUCCUCUUGAAUGGCUUGCGUGCCGGGGAACUAUACAAGGAGUUCUGCCGGAAACCCCCAGCCACGUACCAAGAGGCCUACCAUACUGCAUGGGAGUUUGCUGAGGCUGAAACUCAACUCCGGGCGAAGAAGGAAGCCGAGCAUGGUUACAAGCCCAAACCGGUUCAAGUCAAGAAGGAAGAAGCACCGGGACCUAGCCGGCCGAGGCACCACUAUGACCCGGUCAUCCGAGUGGUCAAUACGGAAGAAUACCAGGAAAUCCGGAAAGCACCGGUCAUUUCUCCAGAAAACCCUACCGGCCAAGGGAGCGGCAACCUGCUCCCGAAAAAGAGCACAUCGGCAUGAUCUUCGGCGGACCUGAGGGUGGAGAUUCAGCCGCGCAGCGGAAGAACUGGGUUCGGAGCAUUUACGUUGGAGAGGAAAGUGCUGAACCGCCCAGGCGUAAACAUACUAGGAGGGAGCCGAUCGUCUUUACUGACCGAGAUCUCCCUCCUACCGGUGAAGAUCACAAUGAUCCAUUGGUCAUCACCAUGGACAUUAAUGGGGU